UGCAGCGCUUGAGUUCAGCCAAUCACCGUGGGCCACGGUGAAUCUCCUCCAUUGACAUUAUUGCAGGCUGCUAAAGCAAGCGGCUGUAGACUUCAUAGUGUUUGCAACUAGUAAAGGUGGCUGAGACAUUGCUAAAAUAAUGAAACCAUUACUUUCUGGAGUGUUGCUGGGCUGUUCGUUGCUUGUUAGUGUGCAAGCAUUUUAUUCUCCCAGCGAUGAUGUGGUCGAACUGAACCCGUCCAGCUUCAACAGAGAAGUGAUUCAGAGCGAUAAUCUGUGGCUGAUCGAGUUCUACGCUCCCUGGUGUGGCCAUUGUCAAAGGUUGACGCCAGACUGGAAAAAGGCAGCAACAGCCCUUAAGGGUAUCGUCAAGGUUGGUGCAGUAGAUGCAGACCAGCACAAGUCUUUGGGAGGCCAAUAUGGCGUUUCCGGCUUCCCUACAAUCAAGAUUUUUGGCGGCAAUAAGAACAAACCUGAGCAAUAUCAAGGAGGGCGAACUAGCCAGGCCAUCGUGGAAGCAGCCAUGAGCGCUCUGCGCGAACUGGUUAAAGACCGACUCAGCGGCAAGUCUGGCAGCUCGGGUUACAGCAAACAGCAGAGUGAAGGUGGCAGUGAAAAGGACGUGGUGGAGCUCACGGAUGACAACUUUGACAAGAUGGUGCUGCACAGCGAUGACGUGUGGUUGGUGGAGUUCUUCGCUCCUUGGUGUGGACACUGCAAGAACCUGGAGCCUGAGUGGGCAGCUGCAGCUUCGGCCGUCAAGGAGCAGACAAAGGGCAAAGUUCGCCUGGGAGCCGUGGAUGCAACUGUGCAUCAAGCUGUGUCCAGCCGUUAUGGGGUCCGAGGUUUUCCCACCAUCAAGAUAUUCCGCAAAGGGGAGGAGCCUGAGGACUACCAAGGGGGACGUUCCCGCCGCGACAUCAUCGAGAGGGCCUUGGAUCUGUUUUCUGAUAACGCCCCUGUUCCAGAACUGCUGGAGAUUCUUAAUGAAGAUCUCCUGAAGAAGACUUGUGAGGACAGUCAGCUGUGCAUCAUUGGUAUCCUGCCACACAUUCUGGAUACAGGUGCCUCCGGUAGAAACAGCUACCUGGACGUGAUGGCAAAGCUGGCCGACAAGUACAAGAAGAAGAUGUGGGGCUGGCUUUGGGCCGAAGCCGGUAGUCAGAUGGACCUGGAGGCCUCGCUGGGUAUCGGCGGCUUCGGCUACCCCGCCAUGGCUGCCAUCAACUUGCGCAAGAUGAAAUUCGCUCUGCUCAAGGGCUCGUUCAGCGAGACCGGGAUUCACGAAUUCCUCAGGGAGCUUUCUGUCGGACGAGGCUCGACCGCCACGUUGGGAGGCGGCGUGCUUCCCAAAAUUCACUCCGUUGAAGCGUGGGAUGGAAAAGAUGGACAGCUUCCCGAGGAGGAGGAUUACGACCUCAGUGACGUUGAGCUGGAUGAUGACUUUGACAAGAAGAUUGAGUUAUGAAGCUCAGAAUAUUUUUAUUUAAAAAAGUGAGGCUGCUGGGAUUUGACCCAGGCUGGUUUGCUUGGAUGUGAUCUGGUCCCGUGCGAGCCAUGUCCCCUUCUCCUGUGGAUGAAUGGAAGGCCCGGUAGGUCGCAGUUACUGAAAUACUCCAGAAGUUUCAUCUUUAGUCAAGUCACAUGUACACGUUUAUGGGGAGGGGUCAGUCACUCAUGUAAUUUCUGACACUUGCAAUCCAAGCUUUUUAUUGUUCCUUUUUUUUUUUUUCUUCUUCUUCUAAGUGUGGACUGAAAUAACUUUGUCAAGCCCCUCAUGCGACAUUUUUGUUUCCUGGUUUUCAAUCCAGUGGUAUCAAGAUAUAAGGUGGGGGGGGCAUCUUGUGUAGAUUUUUCUUACACAAACUUUAUUUCAAUUGUGUGAAAACAUUUGUUACAAUAAUAAAACAAUAAAAACA